CCCUCCGCGCUGGGGCCCGCCCGCGGGGCCGGCCGCCUGUCAGAGGGAGGUGGCGAUGGUGCGCCCGGUGGUGGUGGCGGCUGCGGCGGCUUCCCUGGUCCGAGUGCAGGGAGGAGAAGAUGACUGACCGACCGACUGACUGAAUGAAUGAAUGGCGAAGCCGAGCGCGCCAUGAGGAGCCUGCCGAGCCUGGGCGGCCUCGCCCUGUUGUGCGCCGCCGCCGCCGCCGCCGCCUCAGCAACCUCAGCGGGGAAUGUCACCGGUGGCGGCGGGGCCACGGGGCAGGUGGACGCGUCGCCGGGCCCGGGGCUGGGGGGCGAGCCCAGUCACCCUUUCUCUAAGGCCAUGGCUCCCACGGCCCAGGCCCCGAGGACCGGACCCCCGAACGCUACCGUCCACCGACCCCUGGCUGCGUCCUCUUCAGCCCAGCCCCUGGCUACCACCCCUUCUCGGGCCAGGGCCGAACCCACUCCGACCACCUUUCGGGCGCCGCUCGGCCCCUCGCCGAUCACACCUCUUGCGGUGGAACGUACUGGGACCACCGCUCGGGCGACGACCAGACCCGCUCCGACCACCCUCUCGACGACCACUGGCCCAGCGCCGACCACCCCAGUAGCGACCACGGUGCCGGCGCCCACCACUCCCCCGAUCCCGACUUCCAUUCUCCCCGGCGGCGGCAGCAGCGUCCCGCCCACCCCACCUGCCACCGAGGCCCCCUCGCCGCCUCCCCCAGGAUAUGUAUGUAACUGCUCUGUGGUCGGAAGCCUGGAUGUGAAUCGCUGCAACCAGACCACAGGGCAGUGCGAGUGUCAGCCAGGUUAUCAGGGUCUUCGCUGUGAAACCUGCAAGGAGGGUUUGUACCUGAAUCGUACUUCCAGGCUCUGUCUGCCAUGUGACUGUAGUCCACGUGGAGCCCUCAGCAUACUCUGCAACAGUUCUGGGAAAUGUCAGUGCAAAGUGGGUGUCACCGGCUCUUCAUGUGAUAGAUGCCAAGAUGGAUAUUAUGACUUUAAUAAGAAUGGCUGCUUGCCCUGCCAAUGCAAUAAUCGGUCUGCCAGUUGUGAUGCCCUCACAGGUGCUUGUUUAAAUUGCCAGGAUAAUAGCAGAGGGGAUCAUUGUGAAGAAUGCAAAGAAGGAUUUUAUCAGAGUCCUGAUGCCACUAAAGAAUGCCUUCGCUGCCCUUGUUCAGCAGUGACAUCUACAGGCAGUUGUAUCAUAAAACUCGGUGAAUUGGAACCUGAAUGUGUCCGGUGUAAAGAUGGUUACAUGGGCCAGAACUGCAAUGAAUGUGAUAAUGGCUAUUACAAUUCUGACAGCAUCUGUAUGGAGUGCCAGUGUCAUGGCCACGUGGACCCAGUUAAAACUCCGAAGAUUUGUAAGCCUGAGAGUGGUGAGUGCAUCGACUGCCUCCAUAACACCACUGGGUUUUGGUGUGAAAACUGCCUAGAAGGUUAUGUUCAAGACCUCGAGGGAAAUUGCAUCAAGAAAGAAGUUAUUGUUCCAACACCUGAAGGUUCUACCAUUUUGGUUUCCAAUGCCUCUUUGACCACAUCAGUGCCCACCCCUGUUAUAAAUAGUACAUUUACCCCUACAGCCCUGCAGACUAUCUUUUCAGUAAGCUCUGCUGAAAAUAGCACAUCAGCUUUAGCUGAUGUAUCAUGGACCCAGUUUAACAUCAUCAUUUUGACAGUCAUCAUCAUCGUGGUGGUGCUGCUGAUGGGUUUUGUGGGGGCCGUAUAUAUGUACCGGGAGUACCAAAACCGGAAACUCAACGCCCCCUUUUGGACCAUUGAGCUGAAAGAAGACAAUAUCAGUUUCAGCAGCUACCAUGACAGCAUUCCCAAUGCAGAUGUGUCAGGAUUGUUGGAAGAUGAUGGCAAUGAAGUGGCUCCCAAUGGGCAACUGACCCUGACGACACCAAUACAUAACUAUAAAGCCUAAGGAGCUAGAGCUGUUCUCCUGGAUUGUGAGACCGCAGUGCUUACUAAAACAGCAUCAGCGCCUGGGCCGAACAAAGCCUGGGUAGAGUCACUGAGAUGAGAAAGCAAAGGCAUAUAGUGCAUCUGAAAUUUUCAGGUACAAAUUUAUAAUGUACUUAGCCUAUUACUCUUAGAUUUCCCAUGAAGAUCUGAAGCAGUCACUGACAAUAAGGACUUGAAGUAAAGUCUAUUUUUGUACCAAACCACAUGGGAGUAUAGAAAGGCGGAACCGCAGAGUGCAGCCCAAAUCCACUUUGACCUCCAAACAGACUUCUGGGGAAGUGUUUAUCAGACCAGCGGAAACAGGAUGAUGGAUGUGGAGGGGGAAAGGACUGCCAGAAGACUUCAUCUCCAUUCCUGAAACACAUUUUUUUAAAGGAGGGGUCAGGGGUGAUAUUCAUUGAGGAAAAGCUGAUGUUUGGGCUGUAUCACAAUAAACAACCUUGAUUAUUUCCAGAAUAGGGGCAGAAAAGUCCCAAGAAGAUCUUUAGAAGGGUUUGAUUUUUCCUUCCAGAAUUCUUGCUCAAUGAUAAGAUUAAAGCACAGGAUAAGCUUCUAAUGGUAGAGAGAGGGAGGCAACAUCUGGGAGCAGGAAGCUGAUGGUCCCUCCUUGGGGUCUCAGUAUAAAUGAUAAGUUGUCUAAAAAUAAGGAAUAUUCCUGCCUCUAGAGAAAUAAGGUGUAUAUAGUUAAUGUAGAAUAUCUGGGCAGCAUUGUAUUUGUAUCUAUUUGUAAAAAAAAUCAUGUCAUAUUUUAUCAUCUAGAAUUUAUUUGUACAGCAGUUAAUGGAGUUGUAAAAAGAAAAUAUGGGGUUAAAAUACUGUAAAAUAGAUGGCAAUAUUGCUAGAGCUGGGACUCUGGUGAGCACCAGUCAUUUUUAGUCCCUCUUUGGACACUGUUGAAAUUCAUAAGAGGUUGGAUGUUUCUAAUUUUUCUUUCCCUUUUCAAUCUAAAAGUAGAGUUCUAUGGUCUUGGCUUCCUAUAGAUUCAAGCAAUAGAUUUUGCAGACAGUGUUUGUUAAGCUGGGACACAGGCUGCACUCUCCAAACUACUCACCUGAUUAGACAUUAGCCUCUCUAUAUUUUACAUAGAUUAAUGUAGAAUAUAUUCUCAUUAAAGAAUUUUUUUAAAUGUAAAACAUAGUCUUCCAAAGGAAUUAGAAAUAUUUUAGUUCCAAAAGAAAAGCCAUCAUUAUUACUUGGGAUCCCCUGUGAAAUAUCAUUCCUGUGAAAUAUUUAUAUUCUCCCCCCACCCCAAAAUACUUCCUACAUUUGAAUGUAGCCUGUCACUCACAUGCCAUGAGGUGUGUACCAUCUCUCUGCAGUGCUACAGUUCUUGUAUCUUCUUGUCUGGUUAGAGGGUAGCUCUGUAAUUGAGUGGCUAUAGUUGGUCCUUGCUUUUAGAUGCAGUUUUUUCUUAGAGGCUAUCUCUACCUUUGCUCUCAUCUAAUUAUGAUAUUGACAGAUUGUAGAUUAAGCAAGCCAGGAAAGCAGCCAGAAGUCAAAUAUAGAUAUUUAUUAGGAAGGAGAGCAAACUGUCAAGUGGUUAGAAAAAAAACAAAGAUUAGACCUCGGAAAUCCAAGUUGGUAACUCUGCCUAACUUCCCCCGAGAAGACCCUGGAAUGUGGUCACAUCCCUCUGUAGUUGUUCUCAGGGUUUGGAGAUGAUGCUCUGGAGGAUGCACAGGCAGGUAAUCUACUUCUAUUAACCUUAGGUGCUCCGAAUAUUUGGCCAUGGUUCGUGAAAGUAGAGAUUAUAUUACAUUAAAAUUAGUUACUAUUUCUAUAGCCCUUUUGCAGUUUGCAAAGCAUCUUUCUAUAUAUGUGUCCUUUGUUCCUCACCAUAGGCCCCUGAGGAAUAAUUGUUGUUCCCAUUUUAUAGGUGAGGUUAAAUGUCUUGUUCAAAGCUAUAUAAUAUGUCAUUAUUAGGCUUGGAAUCAGGACUCCUAACUCUGAAGCACAUGUUCUUUCAACCAUAUGCUUGUGCAGAAAUUGCCCAGCCAUGAACACAAGAAGGCUGGGAGGAAGAGCCCAUCUGUGAACGUUUCUAAUUUUUCUAAGUACGAGGUACAAUCCAGGGCCAUACAGCCAUGAAGGACUUUGUGGAAAGAACACAGGAGGAUUACUCUCUGAAGCCAGUAUUGGUGAUAAGAAAAUUAAAAUACCAGUUUGUGCUUCAUUAAAGUGAACUAAUCCUUCCAAGCAGGGAAAGGAAACCUGAUUUCCCCAGCAGCUGCCACAUACGCGUGUAUAGACUGUGCAGUGCGUAGUUCCAAGGAAUUGUGUAAAGUGACAUACCUGCCUUUCCCCUAGGUUACUACCUCCUCAAGCCAGGGAUUGAGGAUGGUGAGAAAUAAGCGUUUGUUAAACAGAAGUUAACCGAAUAGAGAAAGAAAGAGUUUGUUGGGGUCUAAGAGCCAAAGCCAAAUAGUCUGGAUUCUGGCCAUGUAGAGAUUCCAUGAAACACACUUUAAAAGAUAUUGCAAAAACUGAACCACAAAGAACGUUUACCUUUGAAUAUUUAUGAACAGUUCCUAGGUCAUGUUCUCAAUUUGUCCUGAUGGAAAAAGUUAAGGUCUUAAAAUCUGUUUUAAAUAAUAUUCUUUAGGGUCCCAUGCUUCUGCUGGUGGAAAUAAUUUUGCUCUAAAAUGAAAUCAAUCAUGAAGUGAUCUACCACCAAAAUCAGACUAGGAAACCAGUAUGGAAUGCAUUGUACAAUAGUCAUUUCUCUAAAGGCAUGAUCCCCAUGAACUACGGCAUUUACCACCAGGAUCCCAUACGUCCUUUAGAAAGACUAAUAUUGGAAGAAUUUUUGUCUAAGGAUUAGGAAUGCGUUUAUUUUCAAAUGAGAUAAGACUAGUAUGAAUCUUAUUGAUGAAUGACAGAUAUUGCUAUUAAGUGAUACUUUUAUCUUCAUUAAUUCGUUUUAGUAAGCCCUUCCGCAUUUCUGACAGAUGCCCUCGGUAGUGUUGCUAAGUAUGUCUGUCCUCCCUUACUUUCCCCUCCCUCCCUCCCUCCCUCCAUCCUCUACCUCCCAGAGGUCUCUUCUAAUGGAAUUUCUCCAGUUAUAGAGAAAAAUGAUAAUAAAAACUAAACCUCAUUUAUACUAAGGUCCUAUGGAUCUAGUGUGUUACUCUUAGGGAUACCUGGAUUUUAAGAGAGGAGAACAGAGCGGACGUGGAAUGGGAGGAGAGAGAUGUGGGGGCAGAGGAUUUGUGGAAGCAUCAAAUUAUAUGUCUACUCUCUAGCCCCAAUAUUCCCAGAAAAUUGACCAUUAAAGCAAUACUCACUGACCCACUAGUUCAUUUUGGUCAGCUGAGUGCCUUGAGGACACUUAGUCCUUCUUGUGCUAUUCUGGAGCCAGAGAGCUGAAGCAACAGUACUGCUUCCCGACAGCCUCAGUUUGGACUGGGUCAUUAAAUCAUUCACCUUGGACCUGUAUUUUCUGUAGCGCAUAUGGUGAACAUAGCACCACUUAUCAUGAACAUUCCCAGGUUCUUAUAUUUUGAGGUAUGUGGGAAGGAGUUGAAUUUAUAUAUCUCACGGAAAGCUCUCUGACAGAAAUGUCAGAGAAGUAAAAAGCAACCCAAUGUAAUCUGUUAGAGCAAAGAAAGCAUUUCUGGCCUCAUCCACGAAGAACCUUUGGUCUAUUAUGAUCAUCUUGAUAGGAAUUUGGAAGCUAAAAUGAGUUUGGUGUGUGCAGGGGAGUAACGGAAGGUUAAUGCAAGCUUUCCCUUCAGCCCCGAGCCAGUGAUUAUGCCAAGGGGAGAAGCAGGAAGAACACACUGAUUCAUCGGAAGAAGUCAAAUGACAUCACGUGGACUAGAACAGUUCUGGAUCAUCACAGUGUCAGUGGUUGAAUGAUGCUUUUUCAAAGGCCAUUGGGAACCUUUCUUAUCAUGCAUACGCAGUAACUGAACCAGCAGCCCUAGAACGUGAGCCCAGGCUUUAGGUCUGCACUAGUCCAAGAGCUAACUGAUUUACAGUGACGUUUUCAUGCUAGGCACAAGCACUCUGUACUACGUUAAAUUUCAGCCCAAGCAAUUGGGGAGUGUUUCUGAAACAUUAAACUUGUAUUUAUGUUGCUAAAAUUCUAACACAAAUUUUAAAAACAUGUCUCAUGCAUAUGCUGUACUAGGCUUCAUGAUGCAUUUCUAAAUUUGUGUAUGAUUUGAAUAUAUGAAAGAAUUUAUACAAGAGUAUUAUUUAAAAUUAUUAAAAAAUAAAUGUAUAUAAUUUGUACCUAU